AUGCCUGGCCGCGUGCUCAGCAUACAAUCGCAUGUUGCAAGCGGUUAUGGCGGCGUCACAGCCGCGACCUUUCCACUCCAAGUCCUGGGAUACGAUGUGGACACUGUGAAUACCGUACAGUAUACAAAUCAUGCAGGAUAUGGACGUUUUGGCGGCUCCAAGACUAAACCAGAAGAUUUAGAACAAAUAUUUGACAUGAUGAAAAAGAACCGACUUCUUGUAUCCACAACUCGAGUGCUCACUGGUUACAUCCCAGAUGCUUCCAGUUUGCGGGCCGUAGCGAAAGUUAUUAUAGACCUUCGAAGAGGACGUAAUAAUGACAUUACAUAUCUCUUAGAUCCUGUUAUGGGCGACGAUGACCAGAUGUAUGUCGCAGAAGAUGUUUUACCAGUAUAUCUAGGCACCCUCUUACCACUCGCCGACAUAAUAACACCCAAUUGGUUCGAAACGGAGCUCCUGACUGGCCUCAAAAUUUCGGGCGUAAGAUCCAUUCAAGAAGCUCUGCACAAGUUGCACACCGUUAAUGGAGUUCCGAAUAUUGUCAUAAGCUCAAUCAAGGUCACCUCUGAGAGCUUGCCAACUGGGGCUGAUGAUUACCUUUUAUGCCUUACCUCCACCCUCUUGUCAACCAAUCACGACGCGGCCACAAGUGCUUCUCCGGCUACCAGGGGAAGGAAAUACUCACAGGCCCUAUCGAUUGUCCACGCCAUCUGUUUUCCCAAGAUUCAAGGGUACUUUUCGGGAGCAGGUGAUCUAUUUAGCGCGUUAGUGCUUGGCCAUUUUGCACCGGGAUCUAGCCGCACCGCGUUGGCGGAUGCCACUUCUCUCGCAUUGUCCACAACACAGGCGAUCAUUGCCUCCACGCACAAGUACUGCUCCGCAUUAAGCGAAGAAGAGUGUCCGCUGACGGAUGAGGAGCUGGAUGCGCAGGAUCGCGAACGACGAGUGAACCGAAUGCGCGCUCGCGAACUACGCAUAGUCUCGGAGAUGCGCGAAAUAUGUGUGCCUUCACAGCAACUGAAAUUGGCGGAAUGGGAAACAUUUUGGGAAUGUUUUUGA